CCUCGACUACCUCGUCCGCAUCUCGUCUACUACUAUACUACCACACGUACGCAUAAGAACAGGUUUGGUAUACCGUCGGCUGAUCUGAGCCCACCAGAGUACACCUCUUACACGAAACCUUAAACCUUUGCGACAAGACACCGACUACCCAACAUGAAAGCGUACUGGUACGACAACCUCGAUGGUGACCAGCGCCUGGCGCACGACUCGGGCAAGGAAGUCACUAUCGGCGAGCUGAAGAAGCUUGGUGUCUUCUAUCACCGAAUCCCCGACCUCGACGGCGUCAAUCAACUCGCGUCCGAACGUGGUUACAGAAACAGAGACGAGAUUAUCGUCUCGCCGGAGAAGAUGGGUGACAUCUACGAGGAGAAAGUCAAGUCGUUCUUCCACGAGCAUUUGCACGAAGAUGAGGAAAUUCGCUUUGUUCGCGAUGGCCAUGGCUAUUUCGACGUGAGGGACGUUGAUGACGCUUGGAUUCGAAUUCGCGUGGAAAAGGACGAUUUGAUCAUCCUGCCCGCCGGCAUUUACCACCGAUUCACCACAGACGAGUCUAACUACAUCAAAGCGAUGAGGCUCUUCAAGGACGAGCCCAAGUGGACCCCUCUAAACAGGACCACCGAUCUAGACGUGAACCCGCACAGAAAGGAAUACGUUCAGCAGUACCUUCAGAGUGAGAUUUCUGCAUGAUUACACCUGCGCCGAUCAGGACGGUUCAACCGCAACAGAUGGGCAUCGUGUAUGAAAUUAAUGCAAGUGUCUAUUGUAUGUGUGGUGUUUUUUAUUCUAUUUUCUAAAGCAUUUUCGCUCACUGCUGCUCAUCCAUUCCCACUAGUUUGAGACAUGCACUGUGUCGAGGUUUUUGGGACUGGUCUACCUACCUGCGAAGUAUGUGGUAUAGGAGGGGGGGAGGGUAGAGUCACAGACCGCUUAACUACCAUCUAUGAUGGGGAUGAAAUCUUAGUAUCUUCAGGCGCCAUAAAAGCUCCGCGGGCCUGCUAAGGUGUUAGGUUGAGUGUAGCUUCAAAGUGAUGAGACCUAGGUAGGUAGUGAUGAAGAUAGAAGCAUAAUCCCAUCGACGGCCUUCGUUACUUAA